ACAAAUUCUGAUAAGAUGUCCCGAUUAACUUCCUUCUUUACUUGUUGCAAUGGCGAUAUCCUUCUGUGGAUGCAUUUCUUUGAUUGUCAUUUCACAAGUUCUCCUGACAUCUAAAUUCUGUGAAGCAAAACAAUACCAAUCAGGAAGAACAUACACAAGCAAACAGACCUGUACGGAACUAGAACACUGUCGACAUUUCAAUGCCACAAUAGGGCAAUGUACAGGUACAGGGAAUCCGUGUCUGCCAGGCUGGAUGGGACCCGGAUGUCAGUAUUUUAAUCUGGCGUAUACAUCCAGAGGGCAGGGUCCUCUUUUUGACGGAAGUUGGAAUAAUGGCGAAUCCAGACAAAGGAUACAUGUACAACUGCAACAUACAUUUAUCGUGUCGGCCAUCAAUAUCAUCUUGGGGCCCCGUUCCUCUGGAUUGACAGUAUCAGUUGCAGACAACACUGGGGAAGUUUGUUACAGUGGUUUAUUUCCUCAAAAUACAUGGACAAUAUUCUGUAAUCGGGUGUUGAAAACGAAGAAUUUAAACGUAACACUCAAUGCUAGCAUUUUUGUUCGAGAAGUGGAGGUGUUUGGAGGUCAAAAUGUUGCCUUGUGGAAGCAGACCAAUCAAUCAAGUACCUACAUAUAUUCACACUCCUACACGUCAGACAAAGCUGUGGAUGGAUCGGACAGCAGACAUAAUUUCUCCCAUAAUUCAUGUACUCACACCAUUCCUGGCCAACAAGGAGAUGUCUGGUGGAAAGUUGACUUGGGAAACUUUUACUCCGUGAUGUCUAUACUUAUAGCCAACAGAUACGAGAGUAACAGUAAACGCAUUGAUGGCUUCUCUAUAUUUGGUAAAACAAGGGAUAACGGAGAGAUCUUUAUUUACCACGAUGAAAAUCUACAGCAAAUUCCCAGAAAGGAUAUAUGGAUUGAUUCAGAAAAUAUGCCAACGAAACCAGUUAAUGAAAUUGUAAUCAAAGGCAACGCCAAUAGCUCGGAGAAAAUUCUCACACUUUGUGAGGUCUUCGUCUUUGCUUGUAGCCCAACAAACGAUGGUAGGGUAAAUUGUGACAAUGCCUGUCCUUGGAACUGUGUCUCAAAUGAGUCAUGUGUGAACUUUGCUUGCUUGAAGUGUAAGGAAGGAUGGAGCGGAAUUUACUGCGAUAAACACAUUCCAAUUCAGAAAUACUGUACUUUACAUACGCGAAGGAAUUUCACUACCACCAAUGGUUGUACCCACCUAGAACAUUGCUCAGGGCAAUUUAAUAUCACAAAUCAUACUUGUAAUGGUCAGUGUGAACCAGGAUGGAUGGGACCUGGUUGUCAGUACAUAAACCUUGCUUUAAACGAUUUAAAUAGAGAUAUGGUUUUUGAUGGGAACCAAUUAACACAUCGUAAUAUUGGUUUCAAAGCUCAUGUCGUCUUGAACGGAAUGUUUAUCAUAUCGGCUGUAAACAUACAUGUUUUUUCAGGAUUAUCAGCGGAUGUAGUUAUAAAAGACAACCAAAGUGUCGUUUGCUACACUGGAAGAGUUCCGAGAACAGCAACGGUGUACUUCAGCCGUGUAGUAAGAACGAAUACCUUGACCCUUGAUUUCAAUAAAGAUCUUGAUGUGAAGGAAAUAGAGGUUUUCGGAGGUAAAAACAUUGCUCUUUGGAAAUCAACACGACAAUCAUCAAAUUAUAAUGGUAAUUGGACAUCUGGUAACGCUGUGGACGGUUGGGGUGGCGGUGGAUAUAUUGGUAACGACACGUGCACACAUACUGCAGAUAUGAUGCGUGAUACACAUCCGACCUGGAGCGUAACAUUAGGAGAGUAUUACUCUGUAAUAUCAGUACACAUUAUAAACAGAAAAGGCAAUGCAAACAGAAUUAAUAAAUUUCUCCUGUAUGGAAUGCAAAGAGACAAGGCAAUGCGACUCAUUUAUAAUGAUACUACUGUACACCCAGCACUGAAAAGAAAAGAUAUUUGGAUCGAUUCACGAUAUUGGAAUCCGGAACCUGUAAAUGUGAUUGUCAUUGAUGCUAGAGAUACACCAGAAAAGAUAUUAAGUCUCUGUGAAGUGUAUGUACUAGCUUGCAGACCCUUGGAAAAUGGUGUUGAUGACUGCAUUAGCUAUUGUCCAAACAAUUGCGUACCAACUGAAUUUUGUCUAAAUGAUGAGUUUACGUGUCCUAAGUGUAUUUCUGGAUGGAAAGGAAAGUACUGCGAGGAAGCAAUUAAAUGCAAUCAACCUUGGGGGACCAGAAACAAUCCCAUCAUCAUUCCUCUUAAAUCACAGUACUCAUUUAACGAAACAAUAAAUUUCAAGUGUGAUACUGGCUUCAAAUUGAGAGGAUCUUCUUCAGCAGUGUGUGGACAAAACUCUACAUUUAUAUAUGAAAACAGACAACCAAACUGUGAAGCAAUUAAAUGCAAUCAACCUUGGAGGAUCAGAAAUAAUCCCAUCAUCACUCCUCUUAAAUCACAGUACUCAUUUAAGGAAACCAUAAAUUUCAAGUGUGAUACUGGCUUCAAAUUGAGAGGAUCAUCUUCAGCUGUGUGUGGACAAAACUCUACAUUUAUAUAUGAAAACAGACAACCAAACUGUGAAGCUAUCAAAUGCAACCAACCUCUGAAAAUGACAAACAACUUGACGUAUACCCCUGCUAAGCAAACGUUCUCAUUCAAUGUUAGCGUCCAGUUCCACUGUGAUGAAGGCUUCAAUAUAAAAGGAUCAUCAUUUGCAACCUGCAGUGAGAACUCUACGUUUAUGUAUCCAAAUGGACAACCAUACUGUGAAGCUGUUCAGUGUGUGUCAAAACUCACCGACCAUCUCCAAAUACAACAACAGAAAGCUACAUACAGUUACAAUGAAUCGGUGUCGUUUUCCUGUAAUACUGGAUAUCAUUUAGUGGGAGACAAGACAGCAGUGUGCGGGCAACAGAACAAGUGGAACAUUUCAAACUUUCCAACCUGCAAUCCUGUACUUUGCCGCAGACCGAAGUUUAUUGACGAGGAUAUUUAUUUGAAUAUUUCACUGCACAAGGAACAGUAUGCAUAUGGCGACUUAAUACAAUUUACAUGUAUCAAUGGGAUACCCUUGAGUGGUCAAACAAUCGCCGUCUGCGGUCAGAACAAAGAGUUCAAUAUCACCGAUCAACACCCGGUCUGCAAAAGUACAUCCAAAGAGAGCUCUAGACAGGAAGAACCGGAAGUCGGUACAAUUGUGGGAGCCGUGACGGGGGUGUCUCUUGUUCUAGCUAUCACCGUCCUGAUUGUUAUUGUUGUCAUACGGUUAAGGAGAAGAGCAAGCAAGAAACCCAAUUCUUACGUUAGAACAGAUGAAAGUCAUUCCCUGGACAACCUUGACCAUCAAUACGCUGAAGUACAGAAGAACAAUAAACGGGAUAAGCUUCCGAAGAACAUAGGAAAGGAGAACGUCGAUGAAACUUCUACAUACUACAAUCUGAACAGUACAGACGCUGAAAAGGCGAAAGCUGCCAGACAAGAGGUUUAUUACGAGUUUACACCAACAGCAAGAUUAUCACCUUCAGCGAUCAAAGUUGCCGAAUUCAAAGAUUUUGUUGAAAAGAAAAAGAGAAAUAAAGAAUAUUUCGAUGAACAGUUCAAGAAAUUUUACAGCGGUCUGCAGUUUCCAGCGACGACUGCUAUAAUACCAGGAAACAGAGCUAAGAACAAGUAUAGGAAUAUAUACCCAUAUGAUGACACUAGAGUGAAGCUAAAGACUGAUAAGGAUUCUCACACGUCAGAUUUCAUCAAUGCUUCAUUCAUACACGGUUACGGAAAUGUGAAGUCCUAUAUUGCAGCCCAAGGGCCAUUGGUGAACACGAUUGAUGACUUUUGGUGGAUGGUGUGGAAUGAGAAUUGUGGGAAAAUUAUCAUGUUGACCAACCUUAUUGAGGAUGAAAAGGUGAAGUGUAUUCAGUACUGGCCGGAGACGGACAAAAUGGAUGCAGGAAUCCUAACAGUAGAAGUGGUAGAUGUGGAAAACUUCGCUGAUUUUACAAUAAGAACACUCUCUCUGAAAAAUGGUAAAGAGGACAGAAUUGUUCGACAGUUCCAUUUCACUGCCUGGCCAGAUAAAGGAGUGCCGCUCUAUGCAUCCUCUCUAGUUCAUUUUCACUCCAAAGUGAAAAACACCGCAUCACAAAGCAAAGGCCCCUUGGUCGUUCACUGCAGCGCUGGAAUCGGAAGAACUGGGACCUUUAUAGCGCUAGAUUACCUAAUCCAGCAAGCAAAGGAAACGAACUGUAUUGAUGUGGUUGAAUGCGUGGAAACGUUGAGAAGACAGCGAAUAAACAUGGUUCAAACAAUGGAGCAGUUUAUUUUUGUGCACCACGCUCUGUUAGAAGCUUUAAUGUGCACGUCGUCUGAUCCUUCAGCAGCUGAAUUUCCUCAAAUCUACAAAGAUCUGAUGGAUGUCGAUCCAAAUAGCGGAAGACGAAAUAUUGAUAUACAUUUUGAGGAUCUGUUGUCUGGGUUAUACGAAGUUCCCGAUACUGCCUACAGAUUUGCCAAAGAUCCAGACAAUAAGACGAAAAACCGUUACAGUAACAUCUUACCAGUUGACAGCGAAAUGCCACAACUGAAAGAUGAAGAAAACAAACUUAUUUACAUCAACGCCGUGUUUCUUCCAGCAUACAAAACAAAUAAGUCAUUCAUUGUAACACAAAUGCCUCUCAGAGAAACAGUGAAUGAUUUUUGGAAACUACUUUCCAAUCAAAGAGUGUCCACCGUUGUCAUGCUUAACCAAACAAAACCAGAUGAAUCGGAUGGCAAACAGAAUGUCGGAAUAUAUUGGCCAGACGGUUCUGAGAGUGAGCAGUAUGGUACAAUCAAAGUAACUAAAGAGGGCUCUUCAGACAAAGAAAAGGAUUUCACAGUUAUCGACCUUCUUUACAAAAUACAGGAUAGAGAGGACGAGAGAAAGAUCCGGAUAUUUAAAUGUAAUUUCUGGCCAGAUUCUGCAACCAUUCCGUCAUCAGUGCUUUCCUUUUUAAAACUGGUGAAUGCUGUGGAGUUGCACCACGACAGAAAUAAUACCGGGCCAGUUGUAAUCCACUGCAUGAAUGGAGCAGAAAAGAGUGGAUUGUUCUGUGUUUUACAAGUGGUAUUGGAGAGAAUGAAAAUUGAACAAGAUGUUGCUAUUCAUCACGUGAUUCAACGAAUGCGUAGUGUGAGACCAAGCAUCAUUCCUAAUAAGGAACAAUUCAGAUUCUGCCAUGAUGUGGUAAUGGAAUACAUGAAGCAGUUUGACGCAUAUUCCAAUUUCCAAUGAAACAAAAACAGUUAUACACAUGUAUGUGCAUGCUCUUUAAACCAACAUUGGAUUCCUAAUUAAAUCUGUCGCCGUAUCAUAGUAGCUUGGGUUGGGUUAUAGUAUAUUGUAGAAUUAUUAUUUAUAAAUUCAUGUGUUAUUGAUUCAUUCAUAUUAGCGUACUUUUAAUUUGUUUUCCCUUUGUUAUAUCACAGUGUACAUGUGUAUGCGACAUAUUUGUCGCGAAAUAUUACUUUUCGUAUUUCUUUCAUGUGUUCAUAAAGUCACACCAGAAAUUGGCUGAUUCCGAUAUUGUAACAGUGCUGACGCGUACUUUGUAUUAGGAUAAAAGAAAUGAAUGUUACAAGAACUGAGAGAGAGAGAGAGAGAGAGAGAGAGAGAGAGAGAGAGAGCAAUGACACACAAACAAUGGAAGUUGUUAAAAUUUCAAAACAACUUGUUCCUUUCGCAGAAUAAAAAAGCUGUUUACAUGUGGGGAGAAAAUAAUUUUUAAAAAGAAUCGUAUCAUUUCUACAUCACACCAGCGAAAAUUACUCUCUUUGAUAAUCUACAUGAUUUGAGUGGUGGUGGAAAUGAUAAACCAUGGAUGUACAUCCUAACAAUCACCAUUAUACAUUAUUAUGCAUGCUAUUUUUUCACAAUAGAAUAUGAGGGUGCCACGUUUGAAAUGAAAAAUUAUUAAUAGCUUUUGGUUUGAGUUAGUGUUUAGGUAUUUUAGGAUAGGAUAUGUAUGUAUUGUCUCUUCAUAUACACCUAUUGUCAUCAGUGAUAACUUGUAUAUACGAACGUCCCUUGGAACACAUUGCCUCCUGUGUCGUCACACGUAUCAUCGUCCAACGUUAUAGAGGAUAAUGUUACGUAAAGAUUGAUGAAAAUGAUGAUCAAUGUAUAUCGGUUGUUGCAAUGUUAUAAACCAAGACGUACUAUUUGAAGCUGAUUAUUUUAUUUUGAAAUGUCAAAUGGCUAUUAUUCAAUGUAUAUAAACGCUUAAAACAAAAAUAAAUGAUCUUUAUCAACAUUAUAAACUACA